AUGAGAAAGUCAUCACUCGCACAGGAUACAUCAAGUCGUAGAUUGCCCGGUCAAGAGGCUCGUAGAUUAUCUGGGCAAGAAGCUCGUAGAUUAUCUGGGCAAGAAGCCCGUAGACUAUCUGGGCAAGAAGCCCGUAGACUAUCCGGGCAAGAGUCUCGUCGAUUAUCCGGUGAUGAACCUUUGUCAACGAUAGACUUCAGAAGAACUCGAUUACCUUCAAUGAGACCUGAUAUAGACGACUAUGAUCCUCGAGACCAUAGGAAACCUGUCCAUAAAAUAAAGGUUUGGAUGGCUUACUCCAAUUUAUUUCGAGCAACGACUGGUGUAGGCAUGCUGGCGAUGCCGUUUAUUAUAAGUACCACUGGGAUAUUAUUAGGACCCAUCUUGUGUUUACUGACUGGAAUACUGAUGAUUCACGCACAUUCUUUGCUACUAGACACUCUAUAUGAGGUGGCCCGGCAGCUGAAGAUGCCGUAUAUAUCGUAUCGGUAUGCGUUCCGUCUAGCCCUGCUGCAUGGGCCGCCUAUAUUUCAUGGCAUAGCAAACUACGGCCCGAUCAUCAUAGCAACGUGUUUGUUUGUUAGCCAGCUCGGGAUAUGCAGUGUGAUCGUUAUUUUUACAACCGACUGUCUGCGAGAUCUCAUGGAUUGGCAAGCCAGUCAGACGGCGCUCAUUUCUCUAAUCUUUCCAUAUUUUGUAAUGGAAUUCUUUAUGAGAAAUUUCACUAUCGUCAGUUACGUGGCCGUGAUAGGUACCAUACUUAAUCUCUUGGGGAUUGCGUUGGUUUUCGAGCACCUUAUUGAAGAGGCACAAGGAGAAACGAUACGAUUCUCUGCGAUGUUAAAUUAUGUACUAUUUAGUUUUGGUGUUAUGCAGUUUAAUUUGUGUGCUAUUGGCGUGGUCAUGGCGGUUGAUAAGCAUCUAGAGAACCCAAGAGUCAUGCGAGCUAGAUUCGGCGUCAUCAACGUCGGUAUUAUGAUCCCAACUAUUAUCACAUUGAUAUUUGGAACGGUGGGCUACUGGGGUUUUGGAACUAUGGAAGAAAAUAUACUAAGAUGUUUGCCGUUUCAAGAACGAACAUCUUUGGCCACGGUCUGCAUUUACAUGCUGGCAAUGAUAUUGACAUACCCUCUGCAGUCUGCCCCUGCUAUCCACGCGAUCCUUGAAGUUGUCAAGUACUACGAAAAACCAGGGUGGCCACAGCCAUCCGAAGACACACUGUUUGCUAUAGAAAAUAUCAGCAAGCCUAUAUUCGUCGUCUUAUCAUUUCUAAUUUGCUACAUUGUGCCGUUCCAAGCACCAUUCCUCGCUUUCGUUGGUAAUCUGUGUGCGUCGAUGUUGGCCCUGGUAUUCCCGGCCGUGAUGGACCUCUGCCUUAGGUACCCACACUAUUACGGGAAACAUAAUCUCCACCUCUUCAAAGACAUGGCCAUGAUUUUCGUGGGCAUAGCAUCAAUAUUGUUUGGAUGUAUUUUUACCACUGAGCUCAUCAACAUACGACUUAAGACAAAAUAUUCACCAAACAGCUACGGAUUCUUUUGA